AUGACGAGUACACUUGAGCAAUGGAGGCUUGAAGCGAAAUCAGGUCCCAUUUCUAAUAAUAUUCCGUCGCAUAACAAUUUGAUUUGCAUUUUCAUUGCACCAAGCGGAUUGUUGAACGAGUGUGAGGAUGCUUACGUGCCUCGAAUCGUUUCCAUCGGUCCUUACCAUUUUGGAAAACUGGAGCUCGAGGAAUUGGAAAGAUUCAAAGGCGAGGCAGCACGUAGAGAGGUUGAAAGAAUUCGUAGCAAAACAGGAAAUGUUGACUUCAGCUUCGAGAAUUCGCUUUCUAAAAUAGAUACCAUGCUAGGUAAGAUCUGUAGCUGCUACGAUAAUUAUAUGCCAUACCAACUUAUGGAAAUCUUUGAUAAUCAUCUUGUCCUUUCUUGGCUGAUCGCUCGGGAUGCUUGUUUUAUCCUUGAGUUUUUCCAAUGUUUUCAGGAAACUUCGGAUCCCUUUUUGGGACUCCAGUCCGAGAUUCCAGUGGUAAUAUCUGAGAUCAUGAAGGAUUUGAUUAAAUUAGAGAAUCAGAUCCCACUCUUUGUCUUGGAAGAAGUUCUGGCCAUGGAACAAGUUGAUGCCCCUGAAGAAGUUGUUGCCAUGGAACAAGUUGAUGCACCUACAGAGGUUAUUGCUAUGGAAGAAUCAACCAGGCAUAAAAAGGCCAAAUCUGAACUUCAAGAAUUGCUCAAGAUUGGAAACGAAUAUGGACCUCUUGAUCGCAAAGAGUCCAAGGAAGUGGCAGAGUCGUUCAAGAAGUGCAAGUUUCCAUCUGCAGUUGAAUUAAUGAAUGGAGGAGUGAAGAUCAAGGCGAAAGGUGAAAAUGUCCAAGAUGUUGUAUUCCGCAGUAGAACGCUGUUUAUCCCGCCAAUAAAGUUUGAUGUGGAUUCAGAAAUACACAUCAGAAAUUUAAUUGAUUUGGAAGUUUGUUCAACGUACCUCGUUUCUAAGAGUUUAACUGCAUAUGUUCAUCUCAUGGACGAGCUUUUCCAAACAGAGAAAGGAGUAAGUCUGAUGAGAGAAAAGAGGAUUAUUAUUGGUGAUCUCAGGAAUCCCUCGCGAGUUAUCCAACAAUUGAACUUCACGAGCCUAGCACCUUUCCAACCAACGUGCUUCUCCUUUAUUUUAACAAGGGCAGAACUGACCAGUUCAGCAGCUGUUUGGAAUGAGUUCUGGGAUGCUUACGUUUCAAAACCAUGGCUGGUGAUUGGAGGAAUCGGAGCAACAAUCCUCCUCCUGCUUACAGGGGCCCAGGUCUUUUGUUUAUUUAAAAACUGUGGAGCACGAUGA